GAGAUGUUCAUCUGAAAGUGCUGCGAAUCAAACAUGGCGUCCGUUUAUAUUGCGAAUGCUUUGGUUGCAAUGUUUUUGGCUUUAUACGGAGCGACACUUGCACAAGGACAGGAAUCAAACAGUCGAGCAUGUGUCUUUGACAAGCAAUGUAUUUGUUCUGGGACACGAGUGAUUUGCAAAAAUCGCCAACUUCGUUCAAUACCUCAGGGGAUUCCAUUGGGGACUACUGUAUUGUGAGUAUUCAUACUUUUAUGAUGUUCUCUGAAUAGUUAGACAGACUGUUCUCCCACUUGUCACUUUUGUAAAUACGUAGUCACUCCUAACGAAUGUUUCUUUAGAGAUCUCGUGUUUAUCGGUUUUGAUAAGAUAUUUCGGGGAACCCUUUAUCUAAAAGGUGAAUACUCAUCUACAAAUAACACUUUUUGAACUGAGAUCCACUGAGAUCUACCGGUGUCACCUUACAACCAACAUUCACGCCGAACGAAACUGGCUUUUAAUUCCAGCUGUAUAACAAUCAAACUCAUGUGAUCAUAAAGAAAGGGCUUAAACGUCGGUGGCAUUGAGGGUUUAUAUUCUUUACAAUUAGCUAAAAAGAUCAAUUGCUUCGCAAUUCGAACGAGACUUGGAGCGAAAUUCAACACUCAUGUUUAUAUACUCACGUCAUGUUGAAUAAUGCGACAAGUUUUUGGUGGUAAUGCUGAAUGUGAGCUGCUCUCGAGUUAAAAACACGCUAAACAUCUGCAAAAGAGGUUUAGUUGUCAGUUUUGAAGGCGAAAUGAUUCCUUUCCUGGCGCUUUAAUAGUGUAAACAAGUCACAUAUUGCCAACGAAUUACUCACGAUAUGCUCUUCCACACGCUUAUGUGUCAACCAUGGCAUUUCUUGAAUUGGUUUUCCUCUUUAGUGAUGUUUUCUUUGCUAAACAAAUAACCAGACCCUUAACGAACUGUGAAUUUGAUAUUUCUUUCAGUGCGUGCAAAAUAAAUUAUGGUUUCGCACAUUCGAAGAAGUUUAUUUUAUGCACAUAGCUUGGGGAGGAAAGGAAUCCUUGUUUGCAUUAUUUCGCGGCAUAUUGACAUAAGAAAAUGUGUAUUCUGCAAAGAGUUUUCCGGUCUUUUUUUUUCCAGUUACUAGGCAGUCACUACAAGUAGCGUGCUCUCUCUCUCUCCGGUGUUGGUCGUCAGAAUCCUUUUCUUUGAUAUUCAGACCGUAAACUCCGUGUUCCCUCGUUUACCUUUUGGUUUAUCUAGUUGAGCCUGGAAAUUAUCAAUCCGAAACGAAGAUGUAUGCUUUGCUUUUUGGUGAAGGUUCAAGCCGAAAAUAAACGGGCUUUUUUUUAGAUUGGCUCACUAUGUUCAUGGUUCAGUUGGUGAUCAAGGUAGAUCUUCCGAACAUGUCGAAAGGAAUUGUUCUGAAACCUGCCAAGCACACAAUUAUUUAGCCUGAAACAAAUUUAUUAAAUUAGUUCUUUUGUUUUUGUACGCUUUGCAUUGUUUUUGUUUGGCCUAAGAACGCUAUUCGUGGCUGCCGUAUUGUUCCUUUUUUGCGUGCAAAAUUCACUUGACAAUUAGGUUUUAAAACUCCUCAGACGUCCGCUUUAAUUUUUAAAACAAAUAAAGUAGAACGUUUAAUGUGUUUUUCGAUUUCGGCCGGGUGGCUACUAAAGGUCUUUUAUUAAUUUCCUACGUUUGCAUUUUUUGGCUAUUUAACUAAGUCCCCCGCUGUUGUAUUUAUUCAAACUGCAUUUUGAAAAGAAAUUCUGAUUUGGGUAAUUUUUGUCGCGCGCCAACUGCACGCGAUUCGAAGCGAGUUAUAUUUCAAUAACUGGUGUUACGCGAUUCUAAGGUUAUUUUUCUAAAUCUUCUGUUUACAAAAAAUAUGAGAGUCCAGUGGAUAAUUAUAGCGGAGGAUUAAAAUGAAAAGAAAGGUUUCUUUUACCCCGAGGCAGGAAAACAAAAUAUGCUAAUACUAAUAUGAACGUUUUUACCCCCUACUGAUGAAUUGGCGAGCAGCGCUUUUCACAAUUAUUAUGUUUUCCACUGGCAAUAAUUUUAAACGCAAAGAAAUUUUAUCAAAAAGUAUGCUGAAUGCUUUAUGUUUCGUAAAUCAGGUAUCUUUAACCAGGAAAAAACUAAGAGAUUAGCUCUCUUGCACGGUUCAAGAACAUUGACUCCUUAUCUUUUUUAUGAGAUUUUAGGAAUUUUAAUUCCAUGUGUUGUUAAUUAACUUAAGAAACCUGAAAACGUAAGGAUAGAAAUGAAAUGCAAGGUUGUGAAUUGAAGAUUUUGUGCGAAUUUGAGAACAUGUAAUCCUUGGCAAGGACUUGUAUUUGUAAUCAACUGUUUCUGCUAAGUUUUUGUCUGUGAUCCAUCGACUAAACUCCUAAUAACAAUGUUUCUGUUUUGCAUUGUAUAUAUGAUUGUCAUGUUUGAUUUCGAGAGGAGAUUUAAUGCGAUGAAGGUUUUUAUCUCCAAAACUAAAUGAAUUUUCUAAAAUAUAAUCAAAGAAAACUGUUUUGCCUCGUCACUUUUACAUCAGCUGUUUUUUUCUCUUAGAAGUUGAGAGAUAUUUAUUUUGAUAUUUGCCCAAAAUGAUUGGUCACACACAUUUAAAGUAAUUGCUCACUGUGAAAGAGGUUGACAUGCACGAUGUUUGUCAAAAUUGUAAUCAAUCAGAUAUUUGUCUCAUAAGACUCUGCCACAAGCACUUUUAUGCAGUAAUUUCUCAGUUUGCAGGCUUAUGGGCAAGGCAUUAUUGUAAUGUGAUACUAUAAAAUAAUGCUCUUAUUUUCCUUGGGUGGAUCAAGAUUAAACAAGCUUUUACAUAAUCCUUUGCAUCCUAAGCGUGCCAAUGCACAAAUUUGAAAACAUUCCCUACAUUUUCACUUGCCUACAGCGUAACAUUAAUAUGCUGUUGCGAAGUGUUCAUUCGCACCAAGUAAACAGACAGAACAGUUUGUAAAUGGACACAUUUCAGGUUGUGAUACAUGCCGUGCCUCUUGAACCAACUUUAUGACAAGUCAAUCCUUGUUUGUUAGAUUUGACAGCUUCAGUUUUUUGUCAGUUAUAAUGCUUCUCAAUAUUUAUUUGGCUUCUUCAUGAACCCCAAGCUUACGCCCUAUUUUGUACAGACUGUUCAGAAAGAGUAACCUGAGUACCAUAAAACAAAAAUGAAUUAGAAAAACAGUCAUAAACAAUUUUGUCUCCAAGGCUGUCAUUAAUUUAUUUUAACAUAGGUGGUGAUAUCCAGAAAAUAGCAAAUGAAAUUAUUUUGUUUGUGGUAGUAUCGGAUGAGUGUUUUAUUAUUCUACCAUUAAACUACAUGUAGCUGUAGAUGUAACAUUAUAAAAGCUACAGAAAGUCAGGAGUGCUUCUCAUUUUAUUAACGUCACUGGUAUUAUACAUGUAAAUUCUGUUAGAUUUGGUGGAAAUAUUAAACGUUUGUCAUAUAAGGAGUUCUAGAUUAAAGAAAAAAUGUCUAAUAUUCAGUUUGUCAAUAUAUAUAGUUGGUGCAUAUGCAACAUACUUAAUGGACAGUGUAUGAUGAAAUAGUUUUAACUAGCACCAGCUUUAACGAACAGGUUGGAUCAGAGGUACAGGGUAGGGAUGAGGGAGUUUAAUGUGCAUUGAUUCUCCUCCCAGUGAGAGGGUGCACAAACAAAAUAGCUGGUAAUGAAGCCUACUACCCAGGAUGCUAUAUUUAUUGGACUCAUGGUAUACUCUUGUGUCUCUGGUGGUUAGGUGUAUCCCCGGUCUAAUAUCAUGCUCUACCACUGUAAUAUUUACAUUAUUUUUGUAAUGUAAUUAUUUUCAAAAGAACUUGUACAUUUAAGAUAACUUAGCAUAGAAUGGUUGAAUAACACCAAGCAGAUAAUCAAGACAAGCGUUAAAUCCAUGUAACCCCCUUACCAUUUAGCUGCCAAAGAAAUGUACUCCACAUUUUAAUUUGAAGCAGUACUUAAGCAUUGUGCUUAUGAUUAGGCUGCUGUAGAAGAGGCUUCUUAGUUUGAGGCUCUGCACAAUCAAAUUAGGUGCUGUAACCUGUCAAAUGCAAGUUUCUGGCAUGAUGACCAAUACUUUACUGUGGUAUUGUUUGUUUUUUUUCUUCUUUUGAAAACAGUUUGGAGGAAUGUUUCUUUUUGGAAACUUAGUUGGUUUUUUAUUUUAAGUUUGAAUACUUUUGUGAGAAACAGACAGGAAAUGUGUUCUUGAGUUUUGCUAAAUGUUAAGUUGCACAGGGGAAAGUAAGGUUCAAGAAAGUGAAAGAAAUCAUGUGAUGAAAAUGAAGGACUUGAUCUCAUAAUAUGAGAAACACUUUUUUAAAUGCACUGUUCCUAAGGCUUUAUUGUUCAACAGUGGCUAAGAACAAUAUCAUUCGUCGAAUUCUCUGUUAUUUUCAAAUAUAUUCAUUUUAAUGUAUAGCAAGUGCAACUGCAAAACUUGCAACUUGCAGCUCUGACUCACACAAAUGUGUAUGUGCAUGCUUUUUCCUAUUAUUUAACCCUUAAAUCAGUGAACUUAAUUAAAGAUAAAAAUGCCUUGGGUAUUUUUAUUAUUAUAUUUAUGCAACGUUGGGAAAGACACAAAGGCUGUUGGCUCAAUUUUUGACUUCAAAAACACACAGUUAUUUUAAAAACAGAUCUUAUGAAAGCUUGUUUUACUGACGUGAUUUUCUUUCGAAUGUAGUGUUAAAGUUUAGUAUAAACUGGACUUCAGUUACACUGAACAAGACUAAGAUUAAUUUACCAAGAAUUGGCUGGAGUUCAAGCUCUUACUAUUUUUCUGGCCUCAUUAUCCUUAAGUACUCUCAGAGACUCUCAUUCAAUUUCACCUGCCCUCAUAAUCCUGAAUCUUUGCCAAAAAUUGUUUGAAAAUAAUGAUAAUGAUAAUAAUAGGAAUAAAAAUAAUGAUGAUGUAACAUACAUGAAGUAGCCACAUAUUUGAAAAACUUAGAGAGAGUCUAGGAGAGUCCUGUGCUGUCAGCCCUGCCCUCUACCAUUUGACACCUCUUGCUGUUCAAUUCAUAAAAAAGAAUUUCAAUAAUGCAGUUACCGGUAUCAAGUAACUACUUUGGUCAUAAAAGGACAUUCAUUUUAAUGAUUCAGUCUUCAUUUUUGAAUUCACAUAUUUAUUAAGCAAUUUUGAAUGAAAAUAAAAAUCAAUAACAUGUAUUUUUAGUAGAGGUUAUUGUACAUGUUCUACUGUUAAUAAAACACAUUAGAUCUGAUGAGAGUUUUGAUAUGUUUCAUUCUUAGCAGUAGCUACAAUGUAGUCAUUCCUUAAAAGUGACAGUUUAAUAUGGAUAUGUUAGUAGUGUUUUCAACUUUUCUUGUUUUCCAUUCACCAGAGAUCUAAGUAAUAAUGAAUUGAGGACUUUGGAUGUGGCAAAACUGUCAAGACUUACAAAUCUCCAAGAACUGUAAGUACACUAGACGACAGUUAUCUGGAAACUUGCAUAUAGUCCAGUGGUUUUGUUACCACUGCGUCCUGUGUCCCUGAUGCAUAAAGAUCCCCAAAAACAAAAUAGUUCAUAGCAUGUGUCCCACAGGACGCAAAGAUUGAUCAAUUUGGACUACCGGUAGUUUUUUUGGUAGAAUAACCUGUUUGUUUGAUUUCUGUGGCUGUUGUUUAAAGAUGCAUAUUUAUUUUAGUCUUUUUUGUGCUUUAAAUAUAUAGAAGGACUGUAUUUUAAUUUCAGUUAACCGUAAUAAAGAGUUUUGGCAUCUGUCUCCAGAUUAACUGUCUGGUUACAUAAAGGCCCAAGCAUGACUCCUGUUUUUUUUUUUAACUUUUUCACUGGUUAUGGACCAGGACUCGUGUCCUAGUCCUAGAACUCACCAUAACUAUUUGUAACAAAAUCACUGGGUCUGUAUCUCAAAUCCCUCACUUCUAAAAUAUCUUUUAAUAAGUCCCCUGUGUACUAUUUACAACCUUCUUGGUGAACUAUUGGGGGGAUAUAUUCCUACUGUCCAUAGUAACAGAAAUUGAGUUUCUUCAAUCCAAGAAUCAUUAAACCCACUAUUACUUUGCAAACAUGGUUGCAUUCUAUCUGAAUGCAAGAUGUCUGUGAAAAUGUUUUGUGGGACUUAAACUAACAAAAUACAUGUGAGGUUGGUGGAUUAGAGGCCUUUUUAUAUGGCAGUGCCUGCAAUCCAAUCUUAACCAGGUGAUGAACUAAAAGACAAGUUUGAACCACAAGAAAUACAAAGAGACCUGUAAAGUACAUUCUUAAGGAUGUUUUUUUCACAGAUUUGUAACUCAGUUUGCUGACUGUCAUAAUUUUUUAUGUUUUUCAGUCUACUACAUGAAAAUCAGCUUGUGGCGGUACCCCCUUGGCAGUCUCUUUCCUCGUCACUGACUCGGUUGUCUUUGUAAGUAAUAUUAGCUUUAACUCUGUUACAUACUGAAAAAGUAAGUGAGAAAUCACAUAUUUGCUUCAUUUCCUUUGCAGUUGACAUACUUAAAUUUAUUCAUACAUUCAUUUUCACAAAUUCAUGGUAGGAGUUUCUUCCAGCAGCAUGUUGUGUGUCAUAGUUAAUUUCCAUUCAUUGCCAUUAAUCAGUCUUUCAAUUUUUGUUUUCAUAUUUUAAAACUUUCAUGAAGUAUUUAGCUUUUUUCAGAACAAAAAGUGUUGCUGUUAUUGUUGUUUCUAUUUUUUGUAGGUAUCUACCUUUAAGCAACGUAAAUUUGUGCAAUUAAAUACCCAUUAAUAUUUCUAAUUUUUUUAACUGUGGAAGCAAACCUUGUGAAACUUUUCUACAUGAAUUACUGUUUUCCUGCUAUCAUUAUUUAGCUAGCCUAAUACAUGUAGGUUUGUCUGGUUUGUCUUUCACAUAAAUCAAUAAAGAGAGGAACUGGGUAAAAAAUACUUAGAAGCUCAACACAAUUUAGAAGCCCCUAACCUGGGACAAGUAACUCGCUUGUGCUCCAGAAAUGACAUUUCACAGACCAGUUUAUUUUAGAUCAAUGUAACCACAUUUUGACUAUCAAAAUAAGCCUUACAAAUCAGUCAGUCAUGAAUCUGGGGACCGGGAAGUAAUAUCUCCCAUGUUUUAAUCACAUUUGCUUUCUUUAUUUUCCCCAUAUAUCAUACUAGAGAUGUGCAUAAAUAAAGAGCAUUGCUUCCUUUUUCACUGGAAAAUUGCUCCAAAAUGAUGCUUAAAAUAAACUGAUUUCUGAAAAAGCCAAGUAUGGGAGUUGCAUUCUCCAGAUUAUGGGCUCCUCCCUUAAAAAGAAUGUGUGCCCAAACUUAUGCAAUUUUUUUCACUGUUUUUGCAGGCAUCACAAUAAAAUCACUUCCAUCCCCUCGGCAAAUGUCACAAAACCAAUGUCACUUCAGUACCUGUAAGUAUUCUAAUCUUGUCAAACAUGCAUGGUUUUAUUGCUCCCUUGAAUGAGUACACUGUCUUAUAUCAUAUUUUAUUUUCCUCAACUUUCAGGCUUUUAAACAGCAAUCGCAUUUCAAGCAUUGGAGAAAAUGCUUUUGCUGGUCUUACUUCAAUCCAUACUUUGUAAGUUACUUUGUUACUAGAACUGCCUGAAAUUGUAGCUAGUGCAGGGAUUCAUGGUGUAAUUCAUAGAAUGAAUAUGUUGUUUAAUUACCAAUAGAAUGUCUAUAGUUCAAACUGCAGUCAGUUUUUUAAGUGUUCUGCCCUAUGGUCAAACUAACCCAAUAUUACAGCUUCUUGGAAGUUACCAAAACUUUUCAUGUUCUCUGUCUUAUGCAAGUAUUGACUUAUUGCCAGGAAGGAAGGAUGCUGAAACAAAUUUUUAGGAACAGAAAACUAUGCCCACUGCAUGUUUACUGAAGAAAUACAGUGUAAUAUCCCUUAGUUUAAUAGUAUUGUUGUAGAUUUUUUGAGCAAUGUGUUUCCUGUUUGUUUUAUGUCAGGAAGCUGAGUAGGAACCGGCUAACAUCUGUUCCUGUUGAUGCAUUAAGCCAUUUGACCUUCUUAAAAAAACUGUAAGUAGCUUUGAAAGAGACUUAUUUAAGUCAGUUAUGGUUUAUUUUAUGCCCCUAUCUCAUCCAUACAUUUGCUCUUAGAAUAAAGCAUGUGACAGGUGAUUGUUUUGUUUACACAGGGAUCUAACAAAAAAUUUAAUCAGGGUCAUCAGCUCCCAACCUCCUCUGAAGAAUCUAAAGUCUGUUUUAAUACUGUAAGUUGAUAUUUUAUUAUUGCUGAUGCCAUUUGGUUUUAUUUUUUUCUCUCCUGAGCCAAUUUAUUUAUUGUCAUCAAUAGUCUGGAUACACGGAACAUAAAACUUUUAAAAAUUUAAUACUUUGUUUUGCGAAUUAUUUGCUCUCUGUGUUAUUAACAAGUUGGCCUCGUAAUUUAUUGCAAAAAAUGCAGGGUUGCAGCUUAUAUGAGUGUUACUUGUAGCUUAAUCAUGCAGUUGCUUAGUAAUAGUCAAAGGACAAAGGAUUUGGCUUCAAAAUUAUCUGAAUUUUCAAGGAAACCCAAUCAUUUUGAUGAUGGAAUAAAUUGUAUAGCUUUCCAAGUCAUAGUUCCAGAAGGGUUUUCUUUUUCUUGAGGUAGAAAAAAACUGAUUGCAAAUUUGGAGGAUUUGGGAAAUUUUUUCUUUCAGUUCACCCACUGUACUUAGAAUCAAAAUACUGCCUUCAUGUAAAGUUAAUAUUACAUACCUUGGACAUAAAAGCUGUGUGUCAGUUGAAGAGUUUAGAAGCAUCUUUUUUCAAGGAUGAGUAUGCUUGUUAUAGUGAACAACCCAUGUUCCACAACUUACAACUGUAAACUCAGUCAGUGGAUGUACAUUCUUGUUACAGAAAGCUUUCAAAGAAUAAAAUCAGAACAGUCAAUCAGAAUGCCUUUUGGCAAAUGAGCAAUCUUCGAGAACUGUGAGUAAAGCUGUAAAAGUGAUUAUCUCCAAACGAAUGUUAAUGAUAACUGUAAAGUAGACUGUAGUCACAUGGAAGUGAGGCAUAACAGCUCACAAUAGUUAAAGAACAACUCAUUUACAGUGCUCCAAGCUGCGACCAGUUUGGUCACCAUGGCAAGUAAAAAAAUAUAUUGGCGACUAUACUUGCAGCAAAAGUUGCCAAUUUAGCGAACUGUGGUCGGCGGUCAUGUAUGUGGAAAAGCUUUAUGCAAAACACACAAAAAUGAAGUACUGGUAAUUAAUGUAGUUAGCGGUAUAACCUUUCAUGUAAAAUUACACCAAGCAUCAUUUUUUAUUUUUAAUGGCGACCAAUAUUUUAUGUCUGGCGGCCAUUUUAAAACUUUAAGUCGCCAAAAGGCGACUUUGAAAAAAAUUGAGCUUGGAGCACUGAUUUACAUUUCAGGAGAAGGUUUGAGUAUUGAGCCAAUUGUAGCGUCAAUGCCUUUAUAUGGCCAUUAUUGUCAUGCAAAGUUAACUGUAUUGCUCACUUUUCAAAAGUAAAAGAAAACACCCAGUCUCCCUUUUCAGUGGACAUCCCAUACUUGUUUGUUUGCAUUUGUUAUUUCUUCAGUUCUAUUGUUGAAUCCUAGAGUAAUUAUUUAACAAUAUUAUUCCUCGAGCCCGAAUGGGCUCUGAGUCAAUUCGGCCUCAUGGGCUAUUGACUCAUGGGCCAUGAGGGCGAGAGUAAUAAUUGUUUUAGUAAAAUCCAACUAGUUAGUCAUGAAUAUCGAGACAAAACAACUUUAGCUAGCAAAAUGUUAGACUACGAGUAGUCCCUCAUUUUUCCUCAGGGAUAGUAGAGCGAGCAAAACGCGAGCGCGCGUGAAAAUCAACCCACGCGAGAAAAGGCGACACGCGUGUCUGCAAGCUUUAGCUCCAUCAACUCGGGAGAGUGCUCACAGACUUCAUCUCUUAAAUUGUUGUUUGUUUAGCUAGUAGUGACUUGCUGUGAUUUGCUAAAUUCAUAUUCUCUUAGCUAUCUGGACAACAACAAUUUAACAUCUGUCUCAACAUCAUGGUUCUUUGGAGUUUCAAAUCUUCAAAAGCUGUAAGUAUGCUCAGCUGAUGUUGGAUUUGAUAAAUGCUUGCUUGCUUGCUUAUAUAUCAUUCUUAUUAUAUUGGUAUAAUUUUUUUAUUAUGCAAUCACUUCUUAUAUGUUUCAGAUCUCUAAACAACAAUCGUAUCAAUAAGAUUAUCAUCCACCAAGAAGCUUUGGACUGGAGACUAGUUCUAAGGCUUGUGGACCUGUAAGGAAUUUGUUCCGGAUUUCUUUUUUAAUCUCAAUUAAUAUUACAGUCAGGUUUUUAAUCCCAAUUCAUCUUUUUUUGUGGAAUAAUAACCAGGAGGCAAGAACAAUGUUGCAAAAACCGCUAAUAGAAAUUUCAGUUACUCAAGUGUAUAAGCCCACGUGGUUAUUAAAAACGCUUGAUAAUUACUUUUCCUUUUUAAGAACACAGGUUUAAGUACUACCCUGAAUACAACCACUUUGUUAAUAGGACAAUAAGAAGGCUUAUUAUACUUUCGCCUGAACUCAGUAGCGCUUAGUUAUUUUCUUUCCCAAAAACUUUGUGACGUAAAUGUAUUCGCAUUAGUUAAGUCCGUGGUUGCAUUGUACAUGUUUAAAAGUACUUAGCACUUUUCCAAAGCUUCACCUUCUUAUUUGUCGUUUGUUUAUCCUUUGUUACAGUAAUCUGGCCAAGAAUGAGCUUUCUCUCAUUGAUUCAACCACAUUCGCGCAUCUGUCAAACUUGCAAAGGCUGUGAGUACUAUCUGAAUGAUAAACGUUAAACACUUUAUUUAUGCCAUCACCAAGUCUUUCGUUAAGUUUUGUUACUUGGGACAGAAAUUCCCCAUCAGAUCUCCGUCCCUUUUGAAUGUAAAGUCUCGAAUCUCUCCACAUUUCCCAAAUAUUUCACAGGUGCGUAAAAACAUUCCACAUAAAUAAGUAUUUUUGACACGCACAAAAAGCAGCCCCGUCUUAUAUUCAAGAUUCAUUUACUGUGUACACUCAUUUAUCUUGUAUUGUGUUUACAGUUACCUUGGCAGCAACAGUAUUUAUCAUAUGGCAGAGGGAGCAUUUUCUGACUUGAAUUCACUUGAGAUGCUGUGAGUUGUAAUAUUUUUGUUUUGCGAUAUAUAUUGUCCUUGUUCGUUGAGGCAGAUAACGGUGAAUAAUUGUAAGUGUGUAUCCUGUAACUCAUCUCUUAUCCUAAUUGUAACACCUUAAGUCACACCCGACCGCACUUGAAAUUCAACCCAACGCAAAGAACAUGCAGUUUGCCAGCUGCUCGAGAAUCAGUAAAUUGAUUGGUCCAUCUGGGCGUUGCUUCAUACCGCAGCUUUCUUACAAACUAAAUCACUGCUGACGUUGGAAGUAACCUCGGUUCCAGAAUCGUUGUCUUGUCACCUGUGUUACACUGUGUCACUUCUCCUGAGGAUGACGUCAUUUACGAUGGAAAUAGACCGGGAACUUGUUUGUUUUGUUUUGCAAGAUCCCAAAUGAGUGCGAUUCUGUCAAAUGGGCUAAAGACGUAAAUUCAGUGACUGACUAUUUUGAAUAAAAUCUCGUCUAGUUAAAGCCCAGCGAAAAGCGAAAAACAAAGGAGUGAACAAUGGAAGAAAAGGGUGGCGCAUGUGCAACAGCGGAAAGAAAAAUAAAAUUGAAAACUUUCUCUCUUCUCGCUCGCUUUGUGCGCGUGCACGAGAACAAGAGGUUGUUAUUUUUUAACUGUACACAAAACCAGGUUAGUUCGCGAGUUACAAUUAAAGCUGUGGAAAGUAUUGGUUCUUUUUGUCCAAACACCACGGUUUGAAAAUUUGCGUUAAGCGUAGGAAUCAGUUGCUUUUGCAUUUAACUGCAACUUUUAAGAUCCCUUCCAAUGGAAUAACCUUAACAUGAGCGGCGUUGUUUUUUUAUUGUCAGAGACCUGAGUAAUAAUGCGCUCUCAUCAACAUUGGAGGGAACAAAUGGCGUGUUCUCUGGACUAGCCAAAUUAAUUAUGCUGUAAGUAUUAGAUGGAGUAACGUCAUUUUUACACAUCCACGGGAGGGGUGGGUGGGGAGGGUUAGGUCAUAGAAAGUUAUGAAAAAUUGAUUUUAUGUUUAGUAGAUAAGUAACUGCAGAUGUCAAUGCGAGGACAAAGUACAAUAAAGACAAGUAAUUAAACAGCACGAUCGAACGGCACGCGAGUUGGUGGACAUCAGAGUUUGUGUCUGUUGAACUGAGUUAGGGGAAAAAAAUCCCGGAAGACAAGGAUAGUUUUGAAACUUUCUUAGAUGACAGCGAAAUUUGAGGUCGACGAAAAAUUGAAAAGUUCAUGGAAAAAGUCAUGGAAUGUGAAAGCUCAAAAAAGUGCCGACCGUGUGGGAAAUAAAAGACGAAUUUUUUUGGCUGAAGGUUAAAAGCAGUAUAUUUUCUUUUCAUUCUUUAGGAGACUAGAUGGUAAUCGUAUCACGUUGAUAGCUAAAAACGCAUUUACUGGUCUUAACGAAGUCACAAGCUUGUAAGUAUAUUGAUUGCUAAAACUGAGCAAGGAAUACUAGAAGAUUUUUUUACUUAAACGAGCAGUCCGUUAAGUUAAACGUCCUUCUACGGAAAGGUGACCCCAAUCCUAACUAUGUUGUGUAUAAGCCAGUUUAAAAAAUUUGAAGAAAAUUAAAAAUGUGUUGAAAACAGAAACAAACAAGCAAACUAAGUUCACUGAAGUUUUGAAUGUUCCUACUUAUAAUGUACCGUCACUUGUCACUCUUUUUGUGUACAAUUAAUGGAAAAGAAAUUUCUACCGGCUUUCGCAAGUAAAAGCUAUAUUUCCUCGCCAAUUGAAAUGACCAUACUUUGGGUAGACGGAAGUUUCUGUACAGUAUUUAUUGUAGUAAAAGGUUUCUUUAAAGUAUAAUCCUCCAUCCUCUCAGGUAAGGUAAGGUAAGAAUUAUCCUCAACACGCAAAUGCGUCGCAUGUUAAAUUCUCAAAAAAAUUGCUUUGUUGCUUUGAUAGAAACCUGUCUGCAAAUAUAAUAACAUCUAUUGAAGAGAAUGCGUUCAUGACGAUGACCAAACUUAAAUAUCUGUAAGUAGGAUUUUGAUCUGUUACAUCAUGAGUAGUGGUGCUUUUUUGAUAUUUUAAGAAAACUAAGAAUGCUUAAGAUCUUUAUCAUGUUAGACAAGCUGGAAAUGUUGCUGGCAGUGAAGUCUGUUUUUCACGCACUCUUUUUAGAGGUGAUUUAACGUGAUUUUGUCAAUCCUUUUUUCAGUUAUCUCAACACAACUCAACUUGUAUGCAACUGUAAACUCAGAUGGCUUCCUGCAUGGCUUGUUGGUCAGGAAUUCAAAGAUUACGUCCAUGCUGUGUGUUUACAUCCAACAAAUCUAGAGAGAAGAAGCAUUUUUAACCUUACGUCUUCAGACUUUAUCUGUGGUAAGAAAUAUUACUAGUUCUGCUGUUCAGGUUCGUAAUAAGAUUACUUCCUCUUCAUCUUGUUAAGGUGAUGUUACACGGGACGAUUUGCAGCGACCAUUUUUAGCGCAACGCAGCAUUACAACAUUGUUGCGACAUUGUUUCGAAUGGUUGCAACAUUGUUCCAACAUUGCUACGCUGUUUUGCGCUCAAAAUCGUCGUUGCGAGUCGUCUCGUGUAACAUCACCUUUACUUCCUAUUCGGCCGCACAUAAGGCCUUACCAACCCCCGCUUUAACUCUCACGUUCCGCCGCGUUUUUUCAUGUCAUCCCAUAAAUCCAACAAGUCAUCUCUUUCUUCAUCGCACUUCUCUCCUUAAAGUUAUUUCCCUGAAGUCACCAGUGGUUUAGUCAGCUGUUGAGCGUUUCUAUUGCUUGUCCAUCUCAUAUAAGGUGUGAUCGCUUUUCCUGGCUGUUAUGCAAGGUUUCUCAGUUGGGAAUAAGUGUUUGUUACUUUGCCUCUAAGCCUGCAAAAGGAGGGAUUGUUCUUUGUCAGGCCCCUACCCCGGCCUCGAUCGGUCCGGCAAAGAAAGACUACCGUAGUAAGGUGACCGCUCUAGGUGAAGGGAAAACCACUUUAUAAAGUUAAAUCUCGACUGCUCGUUAGGGCGACUUUGACUUACUCGCUUUAUUUUCAUAGAUAUAAAUGACUCCCAACCGGCGAUAAUACAGCAUCCCGAAGAUCAAACAGUUCUGUUGGGUCAGAACGUGACCUUGCGGUGCGUUGUUACACACAAAAACCGUACAGUCAUAGUGUGGACUAAAGACAACAAACCGCUGAGUGGAGUCAAAGUCACAAACCGCGUCCAGGUAAAGUUGACUUACUGUGACUGGAUACCACCACAAUAACAUAACCUAACCAAAGGUAAACAUGUUGUUGUCCUUCGCCAUGGGGUGAUAGUUGAUGGGAGGUUUACGUUUAUCGUCCAGAGAAGUAACAGGAUACCAAAAACCAAUGCUCGACAGCACUUACCUACAGAUAUCACGUGACUUGACAGCUUCGCUAUUCUACAACACGUGUACUGAUUACAUAACUACUAGGCCACUGUGCCGGCGGCUUAUCCCACUAUAACUUAACUUAACUAAAUCGCACCUUUUCGUUUUGUUCUUUCUGAGCAGUCUAAGGAUGGAAGCUUGGCGACUUAUUCUAGCGAGCUACGUCUGAUAGCCGUGACGGAAAAAGACGAUGGGUAUUACCAGUGUAAGGCUUCGCAUCAGUUUAACUCUGUCCCGUCCAAGAUGGCGCGGAUCACAGUGCUAGGUUAGUCUAGUAUCAUGGUUAUAUGAGAAUUAUAAACAGAAACGGAAAGCUCUUGUGUGGUAGAUAGUUUGAAAUCCAUCACACAGUAUGCAGACGGUCUAUUACUGGUAUAACGUGUCUUGCUUAUUAUCUUUAUGUUACAACACGUUUUGCUUAGACGUGUAGAGCUGAAGCGUCCGUCCCUCUUUACUCUAACGCGACACGUGUGGUGCCCCGGGAAGGACGGUCUCCUUCCCAUGACGCCCUGCGCUGCCUGUUGGCCGUGCAAUGCACACCUGGAGACGAGACAGUUUGUGAAGGCUGUCCAUAGGUAGAAUUAAGAGAAAAGAAAGCCAUCAUAAUUUUGCUUUUGUGUAAAUGUACGUAUUUUUGUGUAUUUUUUAUUACUUAGCUAACAUGCACAUGUUUAUAUAUUUAUUUAUUUAUUUUUAUUGCCAGUGUUCCCCAAACUGACAGUGAAACCUUCCGAUGUAACAGUUGAGGUUGGCCAAGUCUUUCGAUUGCAGUGUAGAGCACAGGGACACCCAGAACCACAGAUAAAAUGGCAGGGCUUAGAGCGAAUGGGCAUAGAUGGAAGGAUAGGAUUUUCACAAGCUGACAAAGUUAUUGUUAUCCAGAACGCUACAGCCAGUGACAGUGGAAAAUAUACUUGCAUUGCCUCUAACCAGGCUGGUUCAGUGAAUGCCUCUGCAUUUGUUACUGUGCUAGGUAAGGUAACCUAAGAUACACUGAGCUGAGAAAUAAGUUUUAAGUGUUGUUUUAAUAGCCGGGCUUUUCUUUCUCUGCAGAUGAACCUCAUUUGUAUCGCAGAACGAGAAGCGAGAUAACAGCGGCAGUGGGUGACAGUGCUGUCUUUGAAUGUUAUGCCAGUGGUGCUCCAAAGCCAGUUAUUUCGUGGUUUAAAGAUGAUACAAGAUUAAUGACUGGCAGUAAUAUUAUCAGUGCAGAGUCGGGACAGCUGCUUGUAAUACGUCAGUCGACAGAGAAUGAUGAGGGCAGUUACACUUGUGUUGCUACAAAUUCCCAGGGAAGGGAUAGUCAUACUGUUGAGCUGACUAUAAUAACAGGUAUGCUGCUCAAAAAUUGUUAGCGGGUACAAAUUGAGAAGCAGGCUUAUUGCGGUCACGUUUGCGUUCUCUUUUAUUAAAUGCACACUCAUAAGAUCCUCUUAACUGUCCAACAAACUUACUUAAACGGCAGAGAAAUGUAUCGAGAUGUAAAACGCACUUGAAGAGCCUUCGUUUGUCUUUCCCGGCCAUUUUCCGCUGUGCAGUUCCCUACAGUGAAUCAAACAGUCAAAACCAGUCACUUAAGGAAAAACACAGGGGAAAUACUACCGGCCACACAGCUAAACCUGCUUACUUUUUCCUUUUAUUGGAAGCGUACUUUCAUUGCUGGAUGGGAUUAUCGUCCUCAUUUUAUACUCACUGUUUGAUUGUAUUUUUUGCUGUUUUCUUGCAGAAGAAUGUACCGAUGUUUCAGUACCUGAAAAAGUGAACAAGUCGAAGUACGUGAAAUACGAUAAAAAGACAUUUUUAGGGAUCAUAGUUGUGGUGGUAGUGUCUUGUAUUGUGGUGACGUCAUUGGUGUGGUUGUUCAUUCAAUACAAUACCCUCUCGUGUGGUAAAAAGAGGGCACCCAAGAGGCGGAGUCAGUUUCCUGCAGCAUUUGACGCUGAUUGUACAGACGAAUCUAAAGCGUUUCAACACGACGACAUAAGUUACAUUCCUUUAAAGGUAUCAAGCUCAAGUAGUACUCAAACUAGCCGUGAAUCACCGCGCUCCACUGCUACCUUUCUAACGUCUUCGGAAUCAGCCCAAGGACCUUGUAUAGUCCGCACUCUUGGCUCUAGCACAGAAAUCGCUGCGUCAGGCACAGAAGAGAAGUCCACGACAGCUGAUAACGUUUCUUCAGAGAACUCACUGAAAGGGAGUCAUAGUUCUUUGACAUCUUCAUGCACUUCCGAUGCUUGCCAUCCAAGUUACCAGCAAGUUGUAACCUCAGCAGAGAUUCACGUGUCAGAUAGUGACUCUGAAAAACAAAAACCUUCUGUCACGUGUAGGAGACACAGUUCGCAUAGCGAAGAUCCAGGCGGAGGUGUUUGUGAAAUCAAACUUGAUAUUCCUGAUAACACUCAUUGUGACGAACAGUCUUGUUUAUCAAAGAGACCGUUAUUAACAAACGAAAUUUCGCCGGAGGUGGUCAAUAGGGACGACAUGUGUGUGACAGUUUAUCCCUUAACGAACUCGGACACUUCUUGCGUCACAAAUGAAGUAGUAGACUCCUCUUCAGUGGAAACAUAGCGUCACGCGUCUUUUAUGCAUGUUAAAUCUCCACCUCCCCCCUCUAACACUUCGUGUAGAGAAGGAUAUUUGAAGGCUGGUUUUCACCAGAUCAUGAAAAUCGCGCACCACACGAAAGUUCCAGGCACAAACUCACCAAUUAACAAAGUUAAUUUUCAUGCCCGUGUUUGCUCUAGUGACGAGGUCAAAAGAGAAAAAAUACCGAGUGUGAGUUCAGAUCUCUGCAAGUGUCUUUGCUGUCCUACGGCACUACGCUUAUUGCUAGCGCGGCCAGCCUUCAAUCAUGGUCAAAUCUCGCAAUAAUUUGCAUAACUUCUCUGAAAUCCCUUGGUCAAAACGUUAAAAAUGAGUGCCGGGCUAACUUGCAAGUUUCUGUCGGUCAAUAAGAACCGCGGAAAGUGCGUAAAGAGGGUUCAACUUUUGAUUUAAGCACGAGAAGAGAUGGCGGCUCUAAAACUAUUGUGCCCCUGUUCAAGUCAUGUUUUUUUAAAACUUACGCAUUAGAUGUCAAUUUGCGAGAGUUUGUUAGUUUUGACAGGCCAUUUGAAAGAGGAUUUAGUAAUAUAUUAUAAAUAAUUAUUUGUUAAAUAUGUAAAUAGGUCGAAGUUCUCAGCCAUUCUGCAUAUAUUUACACCCUAACUACUGUGAAACUCAUUGAUUACAGGAGGCACCAAAUGAUCUCAUUCAGUACCAAUCCACAAUGUAUGAGUUCAGGGAUAUCCUAUGUCCCAUCUCCAGGCUGGGCACGAAUACAGCACCUUAAAUUAACCAUAAGUUAUUUUCUUAAAGUAGAUGAUAUAUUCACGGAGCGGCCAUUAUACUCUAAGAGGCGAGUGCUCUAUGGCCAUGUGUGGUUCCACUGUAUACUCUACUCUGUAUUGUGGAAAGAAAAUUCAACACUGAGAGUGUAUUGUGAUUGUCCCACAAAAAUCUCUAUUGUUAAGACUUACAACAUCCAAUAGUGUCUGAAGGUAGUGACAAGUUUGGCAU